GAAGGACAAGUACCCGGAUGUUUCUAUUAGCAACAGCUAAACGAAAAUGGCGGAGUCACCAGCGACAAUAGACGAUGAUAAAGAUGUUGAUGUAGAUCCUCUGAAUGAUUAUUCGGACGAACAACUGUUCCAUCAUGUAGAGGAAACGAUGAAAGAAAAUGAGGUUUUACAGACAGAGACUCAAAUGUUCGAAAAAUACCUCAAAAGAAAUGAGCCGAAAGACACCUUAGGUCUCCCUAGCUCAGGGGUACCUAGUGGUGCUACACCAUCUAGCUCACAACCAGAAAUAGCACGGGGUGUAGGGAGAAAGAGGUCAAAAUCUAGGACAAGUAACAUCAACACAUCUCUUAGACUCACAACAGAACAGAAAUGUGACAUUGCACAGAAAGAAAUUGAUGAUCUUAAGGAUGAGAUUGAUCAGUUGAAAGAAAAUUGUGAGAAAGUAUUAGACACAUAUAAGGCAAUAAUGGAGGAGGCUGAUUUGAGGUUGGCAGAGACAAAAAAAGAGAGUUAUGAGUUUGAAAGAGACAUAGUGAAAGGUGCUAUGAAUCCUAGAACUGGAAAGGUGAUAGCUGAGAAGGUCAUCAGAUAUCUGGAUGAGAAAAACAGGUCAAGAGACACCUUAAUUGAGAAGCUUCGCCUGAAGAACUCUACAUUAAAAGUACAGAAAAAGAAACUAGACCUACAGCUAAAACAGAAAGAAGAAAUGGGUGAAGUCUUGCACAAGGUGGAUUUUGAUCAGCUGGAGAUUGAGAAUAAGCAAUACUUAGAGAAGAUAGAUCAAAGAAACACAGAUUUACUGGCGCUGAAGUUGAUGUCCACCAGAACAAAUGGAGUUCUCAUCAAAUAUAAGAAAAAAUUGCACACUUUGACAAAAGAAUCUGAAAGAUUGAAGUCUGAAAUAGGGUCUAGGAAUGAUCUGCUGUCCAGAAUAGAUUCUGAAACUGAAGUUGUUGAGGAGGAGAGAGCAAAAGCUGAGAAAAUCAACAGGAAGCUUCGACAGCAGUUGGCAGACUUCCGAGUUCCAGAAGUGAUGGACUAUGUGACAGAGAAGGCUGACCUGUAUGAAUUACAAAAGAAAGUCAAGAGCUGGGAAAGAAAAGUAGAAAUUGCUGAGAUGUCUUUGAAAACCCAUCGGAAGACGUGGCAGCAGAUGCAGAUGGGAAGUCAGAUGGAGAGCCAGUGGAGGAUGAUGGAGGCUGCCAUGUGAACAGUGAGCAGACUGUCUGUUUAUAGUGCCCUCUGGUACAUUCUGUGUAAUCACCAUUCCAGCACUCCGGAUGGUUUGAUCAGAGUGUACAUACAUUUGACUGACUAUUUUUUAUGAAAGUAUUAAAAGUUGUUGACUGUAACAUGUAAAUUGUUAAACUAUACAUUUUCAUAUGCAUUGUUUUCCAAAGACAGCAGAUACAAAAUACGGUAUCAGAAGUAAGGUGUAGAUAAUAGAGUUAUUACAACAUGUUGUUUGUGUCACUGGUUGUCUCAUGAUACACAUGUAUGCUAUGUAUAUAUAAAUGUUAUGAAUCAGUUUCAAGACCAUAUGAGAAGAAACUGUUGAUUAAAUACAUUCACUAUAUGCAAAUUUCCAGCAUAAAUUAUGAAGUAGCUUAACCAAUGGUACAGUUAUAUUGCACUGAUCAAUAUGCAUUGAAUAUGCUAAUCACCACAUCUGUCCAUCAUAGUGUAUAUAUUAUAUACCAGUCCCAAGAGUUGUUUGUAUGUAAAGAGAUGAAUAAAAUUGUGAUAAAUUU